AUGUCGGAUAUUGCUACAACACAAUUUAAUGACGCACAAAAUUACAUUAAUGACCCAAAUAUUGAAAUUGCCUGGGCAAUAAAAGCUAGUGAAUAUUCUUCUGUUCAUAUGAAUAUUUUAAUGUCAGUGGAUACAACAAAAUUAAAAUUAAAUAAAUUUCAAGAAGAUGUUUACAAAUAUUUUAGAGAAGUAUUUCCUGAUAUGGACGUUUUUGAGAUAAAUGAGGUUCAAUUAAAAGGAGAAAAUAAAGAAAAAUGGAGACAAUUUUGUGAACAUUUUAGAGAAACUGUGGAUGAUUACAAUUUUGGAACAAUGUUGAGGAUAAAAGCGGAUGGAAUUUAUGACGAAGCAAAUACUAUUAUUACACAAAAGGUAAUUUUCAUAGCAAUUGAGGGUGCUCGUAAUAUUGAAGGAAUAAACGAGAAAUUUAAAGAAAAAUACAAAUUAUUAUAUAAUCAAAAUAAUUCUGAUGGAAAUGCUUAA